AUGCUUCAAUCGCUAAACGAUGCCGAGAAUGGUGUCGACGUUAUCUCUGGAAUAUGUGUUAAGUCUCACUUUGUCAAGCAUACAUGGCGAAGUGUCUACGAUCACAAUGGCCUUAAUCAUGUGCAAUACCCUCGAGUGAUAUCUCCAUUCCCAUUCUACUACUGGCUGUGGACACACCCACAAUCAUGGGUGGAUCUUUGCGGGAGGGGCCAUGAUCCCUGCAGAGUCAUGGCAUUGGUUUCUCAUUUUUUCAAAAUAGUACAGUUCGUAUCACUAUUUUCUGUCUCUACGAUUUCUUGGCCGCCUCCGUUUUACUUCUGGCCUCUCUUUAUUGCUGGGCAAUUCCUCAACUUCAGGGUCUAUCAACUGUUAGGAGAAUCGGGGACGUACUAUGGCGUACGUUUUGGAAAGAACGUCCCAUGGGUGACAGAAUUCCCCUUCGGAGUAAUCAAGGAUCCACAGUAUGUUGGCAGCAUAAUGAGUCUUGCUGCAUGUCUCUCUUGGGUUCCCUUCUUCUACAUUCUCCUGUGGGUUCUCGGCUAUAUAUUUAUUAUUCUCGUUGAAUCUAAGGAAGAUCCAGCUACUCGUGCCAAGCCACACUCCUGA